CAGGAGACUGAUCGCUGUGUGAGACCGGGAGCAGCUGCAGCAGAAGCAAUCGGGGAGGAACACCAGCGCACAAAAUUGCCAGUUGGGGAGAGCGGACCUGGAUCGGACUGAAAAUCCAUACUGCACAGAUGAAAUUGGGGACGGGGAUCGUUUACAUUGCGGCCCUGAGCAGACAGCUAUAAGAAUCUAAUGAACGGGAUGAGGGGAGAGCCAUACUACGUGGGGAUGAGGGACAGCGGCUAUUUCGCCUGUGCGGUGGGAGGAGGGGAACUGCUUCUCUUGUAUCCCAUGCACAGAAACAGAGACCUGUCCAGAUACCUCUCAGAAGAAGACUUCCAGGGCAUCACUGAUUUCAAUGACCUCCCCAACUCACUUUUUGCUUGCAACGUCCACCAGUCUGUGUUUGAAGAGGAAGAUAGUAAGGAGAAAUUCGAGGGUCUGUUUCGCGCCUAUGAUGAGUGUGUGACGGUGCAGCUUUUCAAGAGCUUCCGGAGAGUGCGGAUAAAUUUCAGCAACCCCAAGGCAGCGGCGAGAGCGAGGAUAGAGCUCCACGAAACGCAGUUCAGAGGGAAGAAGUUAAAACUGUACUUUGCACAGGUUCAGACCCCAGAGACAGACGGAGACAAACUUCACCUGGCACCCCCCCAGCCCGCCAAACACUUCCUCAUCUCACCCCCCGUGUCCCGCCCCGUGGGCUGGCAGCCAAUUGACGACGCCAAACCCGUUAUUAACUACGACCUCCUUUCUGCAGUCGCCAAGCUCGGCCCAGGGGAGAAAUACGAGCUUCACGCGGGAACAGAGUCGACCCCCAGUGUGGUGGUGCACGUGUGUGAUAGUGACGCGGAGGAAGAGGAGGACACAAAGAACUCACCAAAGCCUAAAAUUAUCCACACCAGACGCCCCGGCUUUCCUCCAACCAAGUCCGACUGAUCUGCCCCUGGGGACGACCCCCUGACUCAAUCUUUUAGCUUUUAUAUCCUUAACUCUUCCAUUAGAGCGUAGGCUUUUUCUCGUUUUUUUUAUAGGAAGGAUAUUGGCGCAUUGUGACAUCACACGUUGCUGCUCAACACCGGGAGACCUACGUGACUUUAACUCCCUGGUGCUGAUUGGCCAGAGGACUGGGACUUGUGAGUGGGACGCGGCUCAUAUCAAAAUGGCGGGGGAAAAAAAAUCUUUUUUCUUUUUUUUUUAAAUGUAAUAUUUGCACCAAAAAAAACCUGUUGAUGCAAGAUCUCAUCAUAUCGCUCGUCUGCGUUUUUGUUGCUCGUGCGUUUUUUAUGUUCUUAAGCCCCUCCCACUGGCGGAGUGAUGGACAGAAAGGAGCAUGUCGGAUAUCUGUGUCUCGGAUCCGUGCAACGGAUAUUUGUAAAUUGUUUGUGUAACAAAACAAUAAAAAGCAAAUUUAGAAAUUAAAA